CUAAACUCUGCGACGUCACGUGACACAAUACGCCUUUUUGAACUGUAACGAAGGCGAGUAAACCAAACUUAUCUAAUGCCAAGGAAUAUGAUAUAGCUUAAAAAAAACGGGUUUGCUCAGUUCUGUGAUUUUGUGUAUACUACUGCCAAAAAAAUAGACGUUAAAUGGAAGGCCAAUUCUUUAGUUCGUCCUGGUAAAAGGGAGUAGAACUGGUAGAACUAUGAAAUCAUGAACCAGUAACGUUCGCGUUAUUCCAGCACGUAAAAAAUCUAUUCGAUUAUUUCAGUAAAUCGUUCGUAAAAAUGGCGAGCCCGUUGCUGGAGUAUGAGACAGAGAUGUUUCUGAGUUUGUUCAGCACAGACGGGCUGCUGAUCAGCGCUGAGGGGCUCGGAAUCGACCGCCUUCUCUUACACUUCAUGAGAGUGUAUUCAGAGGAGGGCAGCCUGGUGCUCCUGUUAAACACAACCACUCCUGAACAGGAGUAUUUUACGGAGCAGCUCCGUGCUGAAGGGGUGAGCCAUCUUCCCCAGACUGUGACCAGUGAUGUGCAUAAUAAUGAAAGAUACAAUGUGUACACUAAAGGAGGAGUUCUGUUUGUGACCAGCCGAAUCCUAGUGGUGGACUUCCUUACGGACCGAAUUCCUGCUCACCUCAUAACAGGAAUCCUGGUGUAUCGUGCGCAUAAGAUCAUUGAGUCUUGUCAGGAGGCUUUCAUUCUGAGACUUUAUCGGCAGAAAAACAAGACGGGGUUCAUCAAGGCCUUUACUGACAAAGCCACAUCCUUCUCUUCUGGCUUCUGUAAAGUCGAGCGCGUCAUGAGAAACCUGUUUGUAAAGAAGCUCUUUCUUUGGCCAAGAUUUCAAGCAGCAGUAAACACAACGCUGGACAAACACAAGCCGGAUGUGGUGGAGCUGCAUGUGUCUCUGACUCCAGCGAUGAGAGCCAUUCAGAGCUCUAUUCUGGACAUCAUGAACGCCUGCUUGAAAGAGCUGAAGCGCUACAACCCCACGCUGGAAGCAGAAGACCUCUCUCUGGAGAACAGCCUGGGAACUUCCUUUGAGAAAACAAUUCGUCAUUAUCUUGACCCACUGUGGCAUCAGCUGGGGUCCAGGACCAAAUCCCUCGUUCAGGACCUGAAGAUUUUAAGAACCCUUCUUCUCUACCUCACUCAGUACGACUGUGUCACCUUCCUCAAUCUGCUGGAGUCUUUGAGAACCAGCCAGAAAAGCUUUGGUAGUAAUUCAGGUUGGUUAUUCUUGGACUCGAGCACAUCGAUGUUUGUAAAUGCUCGCAGUCGCGUGUAUCGCAUUCAGGAGUCAAAGAAGAAACUUAAAGUCGGAGAGACUGACCAGAAACAAAGUGCACUAGCCCCUCCAAUAAGAGAGCUUGUGCUUGAAAAAAAUCCAAAAUGGGAAGCGCUAACAGAGGUACUACAGGAGAUUGAGAAAGAAAACAGCAACUCUGAGCAUGAACCGGGCCGUGUGUUGAUAUGUGCCAGUGAUGACAGGACAUGCGCUCAGCUGAAAGAAUUUAUCCAAAAAGGAGCAGAGCACCUUCUGAAUCGGCUUUAUUCACGCACCAUCGGAAAAGAAGAUCCUCAGCCUGAUUUGCUGAAGCUUGACAAAGGCUGGCCCAAGAAGGACUCCGCUAAGAGCAAAGGGAAAAAUGGGCGGCCGAAAAAACCCAAAGCCAGCUCAAAGAGACUAACAAAGAAUGAGAGGCCGUCAAAAGUCAGGCAGGAAGAUGGAGCUGAAAAGGACAUAAUUGGAAACAGUGAAGAUGAAGGAAGGAUGGCGGAAGAGGAAGAGGAAGAAGAAGAAGAGAUUCUUCUUGAUCUCUCUUCAGAUGACUACUAUGGCAUUCUUAAAGAGCCGUUGACUGUCAUUCACCCGUUGAAGGGUUGCAACGACCCGUACAGUUUGACACGGGUGUUGCAAGAAGUUGACCCCAUGUUUGUUGUUUUGUAUGAUGCUGAACUCAGUUUUGUGCGGCAGCUUGAGAUUUAUAAAGCCAGCAGACCAGGAAAACCUCUCCGUGUGUAUUUUCUUAUAUAUGGAGGCUCGACAGAGGAACAGAGGUAUCUUACAGUCUUGAGCAAAGAAAAACAAGCAUUCGAGUACCUCAUAAGGGAAAAGGCCAGCAUGGUUGUGCCAGAAGAGAGAGAGGGUAGGGAAGACACCAACCUAGAUCUGGUCCGCAGUCAGGAACCUGCAAAUGCCACCACAAACACCCGCAAAGCAGGGGGACGUGAAGAGGUUAAAGAGCCUCAGCGAAUCAUAGUUGACAUGCGGGAGUUCCGCAGUGAACUUCCUUCCCUUCUUCAUCAACGGGGUCUCGACAUUGAACCCAUCACCUUAGAGGUUGGCGACUACAUACUGACUUCAGAGAUCUGCGUGGAGCGCAAAAGUGUCAGCGACCUCAUUGGUUCCCUGCAGAGUGGGCGUCUCUACACACAGUGCCUCUCUAUGACUCGAUUCUAUCGCCGUCCCGUGCUGCUUAUCGAGUUUGACCCAGCAAAGCCUUUCUCCCUGGUGGCCCGCAGUGACUUUCGUCAGGAGAUCUCUGCCAGUGACAUCACCUCCAAACUGACCCUCCUCACCCUCCAUUUCCCCCGCCUGAGGCUGCUCUGGUGCCCGUCUCCCUACGUGACAGCAGAGCUGUUUCAGGAGCUCAAACACGGCCGCCCGGAGCCUGACGCUGCUACAGCUCAGGCCGUCACUGCGGAAUCAGAGACUGUGACGGAAUCAGCAGACCUGUACAACCCCGGCCCUCACGAUUUCUUGCUCCGUAUGCCUGGAGUCAAUGUGAAAAACUUCAAGAGCAUUAUAAAACAUGCUUCCUGUCUGGCUGAUCUAGUAACCUUUAGUCAGGAAAAGCUCAGUGAGGUAUUGGGCAGUAGUAGCAACGCCAGGCAGCUUUAUGAAUUCCUGCACAAUCCAAUGGAUGUGGUGCCUGUUCAGAAAAACAAGUAGACAUCGUAAAGAAGAACAGUAUUUGCAUCAUAAUAUCAGGUUUGGUAAUUGUGCCUAUUUAUUAUGAAAUUGUUGUAUAAAAUGCAGUGAGUGAAUUAUUGUAUUUCUGAAUAUUUAAAGGGAUAGUUCACCUAAAAAUGAAAAAUUUGUCAUUACUCACCCUCAUGUCGUUCCAAACCUGUAAGACCUUCGUUCAUCGUUGAAAUACAUAUUAAGAUAUUUUUGAUAAAUACCGAUAGCUAUCUGAUGCUCCCAUAGACAGCUAAGAUCCUAACACAAUCAAGGUCCAGAAAGGUCCCGAACGUAGUAAGGACAUUUGUUCAAUCAUAAUAUGGGAGUACGAAGCUACGAAAAUUAAUUUGUGUGUGCAAAGAAAACAAAAAUAAUGACUUUAUUCAACAAUUCAUCUCCUACGCGUCACCCUGUAGCGCCAUUUUGGAGAGUAUCAGAUAUACGUGAAUAUGUUGUUUAUGCUUUGAUCUGAAUGUAAACAAUGUAUCUGCGUACAUAUUAUGUAUUCUACCAGGGUAAUGCGGAGGAGACUAAUUGUUGGAUAAAGUCCAUUUUUUUGUUUUCUUUGCACACAAAAAGUAUUCUCGUAGCUUUGUGAAAUUACGAUUGAACCACUGAUGUCACGUGGUUUAUUUUAACAAUGUCCUUACUACGUUUCUGGACCUUGAUAGUUUUUGAUCUUUGCUGUCUAUUGGAGCUUCAGAAAGCUCUCGGAUUUCAUCAAAAAUAUCUUAAUUUGUGUUCCGAAGAUGAACGAAUGGUUACAGGUUUGGAACGACAUGAGGUUGAGUAAUUAAUGACAGGAUUUUCACUUGGAAGAACUAUCCCUUUAAAAAUGAAAUGCCUUGUUUGUUAAAAUCAAACUUUCCAGUUUGAAAUGACAUUGCUGUGUUAUAUUUAAAUGCAUUUAUUUGCUUGUUUUAAAAUUUAAUAUUUUCAUUGGAAAAUUCCACUCUUAGAAAAAGUUAACAUUUUUGUCAUGAAUAAAAUAAAUUAUUUCUGUAAUUA